AACGAUAGGCUUGACGUGUGUGUGUGUGUGUGUGUGUGCUGACUGCCCAAUGCCGUUAGUGUGUGUGCUGACACCUGUGGUGACCUCGGGGACUGUGUCUUGUGUUGACAAACACGUUGCUAAAACAAUAACUGACCUUAGAGGGGGGAAAUAAAAGGGGCUGAGUAGGGAAAGGAGAGAGAGAAAAAAAAGGUGGGGGUGGGCUGGAAAGAUAAAUAUCCUGUGGAAUGGUUGAAAGACAAAGGCCAUCACGACUGGACGUGCCUUAAGCCCAGUAGAAUGUCCGGCUCAAAGGACAUGGGCACAAAUAUGAAGGGGAAAAUGCAACUGCUUGUUUUUGUGUUCCCGCCUUAUUUCUAAGUCGUGACACACUUUACUGCUGACUUCCGGUGUUGAAUACGAGUUAUAUUACGUCCGUAACGGAAUCAUUAACCAAUAUGCGCUGUCCUUUGACCUACCGCUCCAGUCCCACAUUGACGAGAUCUACUUCAACUGGCAAAACCUCAGGGAUGAUCCACCGAUGUUCUACAAGAUGAACUUCAACGUCAGCAACCGCCGCGCCAUGAACAUGCCCUCAGCCAACAUCAGCGAGAACGGAGAGGUCCCCAGAAAUGUGUCAGUGUUCAAGGUGUCGCUGCCGUGCACUGGUCAGAUCAAUGCCGAAGUCCACAUCACCAUACAGAUCAGUAUCAGCCUGGUGUCUGCUGCCAACCCCCCAACCCUUCUCUUCAAGAGGAAGAAAGUCUGCCUGAAAAAGAACUCCUCCUUCUGGGUGCACACUGACAAAGAUGGCAUCAACAAGUACCAGUUCUCCAGUGGUAACUCAUCCAUGUCCACCCACUUACCUGACCCAGAGUCUGAAGAGAAAAGUGACCUGACCACGUCCACACACUUCUUCUAUGCUGCUGUGGCCUGUACCUGUGCUGUGAUCAUACUCAUCGCCCUGGGUGUGACAGUCUAUUACCUAAAUUCUCAAAGAGGAUCAGACAGGUACUCCAAGAAGAUACAGAUCUAUCGCAGUAGCAGUUCCCAGGCCUUGACUGGACAGAGUCAAACAUUUCUGAGACCAGACACACCAAAUAAUGCCAGUGGUUCAGGUGCUUCCACAAGUUUUCGGCGCGGUGUCUCGCCAUCAAUAGAUCUGAAGUCCACUGACAUCAACACUGUCUUGAGUGACAUACUGAUAGACAGGAAGAAGAUCACUUUAGUUGAGCUUUUACAUGAAGGAACAUUUGGUCGCAUUUACAUGGGAACACUUCUGAGUGAUGAGGAGAAUGAGACAGGAACUGAACAAGAUGUCUUCAUCAAGACAGUUACAGAUCAGGCCAAGUCAGACCAGGUCCAACUGUUCUUGACAGAGUCAGUUCUCCUCAAGUCUCUCAUCCACCCCAACCUACACAGUAUUCUAGGAGCAUGUCUUGAAAGCCCAGACCAGCCCCUGGUUGUCUACCCAUAUUUACAAGAGGGCAACAUGAAAAAAUUUCUCUUGAAGUGCCGGAUGUCAGAGUGUGGAUCUAGAUAUACUCUCAAUACUCAACAACUAGUCUACAUGGCCAUACAGAUCAUACGUGGCAUUCAGUAUUUACAUAGGAAGAAACUUAUUCAUAAAGACAUAGCAACAAGAAACUGUAUAGUGGGCACUGACCUGGUUGUGAAGGUGACAGAUAACUCUCUGGCCAGGGACUUGUUCCCUGGGGACUACAACUGUUUGGGAGACAAUGAGAAUAGGCCGGUGAAGUGGAUGGCUAUUGAAGCGCUCAUGCAGAAGAGGUUCUCCCCUGCCAGCGAUGUGUGGGCCUUUGGAGUAACUCUGUGGGAGAUGAUGACACUAGGUCAACAACCAUACGCUGAGGUGGAUCCAUUUGAAAUGACUGCCUACCUCCAGGAAGGUUACAGAAUAGCCAAACCUCACAACUGUCCAGAUGAACUGUUCUCCCUGAUGGCUUGCUGCUGGGCACUAUGUCCAGAUGAGAGACCAAAGUUUCCCCAACUGCUAACCUACUUACAAAACUUUUACAUGGCUUUGGGCCGGUACAUAUAAACAUAGUAUCACAUAGAUGGAGGAUAUUUUUAAACCAUGUCAAGCAAGAUACACGAGAAAAACAUUAAUCUGGGGGGCAAAGACAUUAAGAAUGUGGACUUUCUUCACUUGCUUAUAGACUGUACACAGUAUCACAUACAUGGUGGAUAUAGUUAAACCAUGUUGAGCAAGCUACACAAGAAGAAAAUUAAUCUGGGUCACAGACAUUUAGAAUGUGGACUUUCUUCACUUGCUCACUGUAGUAUUUCACCUCUGCCCACCUUGCUAGGUGUUUUCUGUUUUGAAGAACUAUGACGACAGCAUCCAUCCAUAACUCUCAAGCUUGUUUCACUGUGAGCAAAGGAAUAGGCACAAUGCAGAAUUGGAGCUUUUCAAGAAAGAAAAAAUGUCACCCUUUCAUUUUGGAUGCCCCAAAUGGAAACCUUGUGCUGUGGAUUUCAAGGUUACCCAGGGUGCUCCCCAGAUGCACCUGAUUCUUAAAAGUCAGCCUCUACCUACAUAUUUAUAUACAUAAAUAUAUCAGUAUUUAUAAAUGUUUUUAUCUGAGGUGAAGCCAAGUUUAGUUGUGACUUUCUUCCUGUCUCUUCCUAGUGAUGGAAGAAGACUAAAACAAUAUCCUGCAUUACUUGAUGUUUCUAGCAUUGACUGCAAAUCAUUUGUACAGUUUUUUUUUAUUCAGACAGUUUAUAUGGCUGUGUUGUAGUUAUGAGCGCUAAUUGAACAAAUUUAUACCAUGAACUUUUGAUGUGUUCAUAUUCUAUUAAAAUAUUUCUUGGGUUGUGAAAGUUCAUGUGUAAGCUGGGGAAAUUAGUGAAUGGAUUUGAAAACCAAAAAAUUGUAGUGAAUUUGAAUGAAGCUUGAGUGUUUAAUAUACAUUAUACAUCUGCACACUGUUCAGUAUUCUACUUAAUUAUCAAUUUUGUCAGUAUCAACAGAGCACCUUUGGUUUGUUAACUGUUUAUGGGAUAUACAAUAAUUAUAUUUCAAAUUGUAUGGUAAAACAUCAUUAAAAUUUUAAAAGUUAAAAUUAAAUUUCAUCAGUUAUGGGACAUGCAUACCAAGUUCCAUAGUUGCAGUAUUCUAAUAAAUGGCUGUGUAGUUGGAGUGUUUGGUUGUCCCACAAGAGUUUAUGUUCUUGUAUGAUGUAAUUAUCUUGUCUUUAGAAGUAACAUUUAUAAUUUAUAAGUUAAGAUAGAGAUGGAAUUAUAACUCAAGAUUGAAGAUGUUUCCAAGUCUCAUCCUAUCUCCAAUGACCAACUUCCUGUGCUGGCCACAUGACACCAUCGUAAAUCAGUGCUUAUGGUGAAAAGAGCAUACAUCGGCUAUAGCCAUGGUGCCACUAGUAUUAUUCUAUACUUAUUUGUAGGAAGAAUGUUUACAAGUGGUCAUUGAUGUAUUUCUAUGUCAUCAAUCUGUACAUGUAGGCUCAUAUGUGAAUGAUUUAUUCUGUCUUUAUUUAUUUUGUGCAUUAUUCAAAUUGAAGGAAAAUGAAAUAUAGACAGAAUGUUGAUAGACUCUUGAUAGAAUGUUGAUAGACUGUAUUAUUUUAAAUCAGUGUCAUGUUUGCUAUUCUUGUGUAGUUGUGGGAAUGUAAAUGUAAAUGUUGUAUUCUAAUAAAGCUUUAACCUUUGUGCAUCUGUACAUUAUUCUUGUCAUCUCAUAAUUGCACAGCUAUAACAGACCUAAGCUAAAUAUAGAGGCUUGCAUUUGAUUAAUGUGUGGGAAAAGCUUGACCAAUGGAAUUAGGUGUAGUUUUGAAUGAUCUUAAGCAGUAAUUGUUGUUGUCUAGGCUGUCAAUAACACUUUUACUAUAAGAUGAUAGCUUUAUUGGCUAGUUAAUUAUCAUAAUUAGUUAUAUUAAGUUAUUGCUUAGUUUGUGUGUAAGAGUGUGUCAUGUGGAAUGAGCUCUUAACAUGAUGGCACAAGGUUCAAACCCUGCCCACCGCCGUCUUUUAAGAGAUUUGGGUUCAGAUGUAAUAAUCUUCAACUCUAGGAACAUCAGAAACAUGUCAAACAAACUCACUCUCAGUCAUAUUCUUAUGGAUUAAAUUUUUUUUUUUCAAAAUGUUUUUAAAGUAAAAAUAACUCUAAUAGCUUGGAUGGUAGGCUGCAUUAGUUUGCACUUUGGACUAUCAUACAGUUUUUAGGACUAUCAUACAGUUUUUAGGACUAUCCUACAGUUUUUAGGACUAUCCUACAGUUUUUAGGACUAUCCUACAGUUUUUAAGAAAUUAAACCUGUGUUAUCUCUUAUCCCUUGCUGUCCUGCAAUAGGUUUAGAUUAGGAAGCAAUUAGCUUUAUUUCUGAAGUGCAUCUUCAAGUUCAAAUACAAAAAAGAAAAGCCAAAAAUGUUUUUUUUUAGGUUACACAAAUUACACUGUGCUGGCAUUUAAACCAUCUUUUAAAACAUUGUCUAUUGAAACAUUUAAUUCCUUCAUAAUUUCACUUAUAGAAAUGGGAAAUGGUUAAUUUUAUAUAUUGAUCUCCUUGAUAAUAACAAAACAAAUUCAUGAAAGUGUACACAUGUUUUAGAGAGUAUAUUUUAAAUGUAUAUAAAGUGUAUUGCAAAGAGCUGAGAAGUCCGUUCCAGUAUUUUGGCUGAGCUUGACAAGUUUUCAUUCAUGGGAUAUAUUUACUGCCAACUCCAUUCAUUGUAGAUUCUAAUGCUAUUAUUCUUUGUUGUAAUGUAUGUUAUGAUUGACUUUAUGUUUUCGUUAUGACAAUAUCUGAACAACUCAUUGAGUAAAUGACAGAUUUUAUUUUAGCUAACACUUUUUUUUUCUUCUGUGAACUGUGAAACUUUUUAUUCAAGUCAAUUUUAUUUUUAUUAUUGUCAAAUUGACAUCGGAAUUUUAAAAAAUAAACAAUAAAGAUUACCUCUAAUCAUGUCUUAGUGAAUGGUUUUACUGUUGACUUUUUACCUUCCUUAUUCAACGUCCAACUACUUUUCUUAUAUUUCCAGUAAAUAAGACCAAAACCUGAUUAAUUGAAAGAAAAUAGUUUCACUGUCUGAAGAAUCAUACUGUUAUGUUUAGUUGUUUUAUUUAAUCCGAAAAAUGAGUUUAAUGUGACGGCCUCAGAUAAUGGGAGAAAAUGUUUCUUUUUCACUUCAAUUUAAUAAAAAGCAAUAUAUUUUUGUCUUUUCAAAGUAAUGUUCCAAAAGUCUUCUUGCUUCCAGUGAGUCAAAAAAUUGUGUGGCUUCCUGUGUUAAGAGACAGCAUUGUUGUUUAAAAUAUUUAUUAUUUCCCUUGCUGCUGUUUCAACUGCUUUUUUUCACUUACUGUAAAAAACAACAACUCAUAGUGACAUAUGCUGUUAGCAAGAAAAUAUUAUUAUUAUUAUUUUGAUUGAAAUAAUUCUAACAUUAAUUUGCCAAAUCUAUUUUUAUAUAGAAAAUAAAGGAUUGAAAUAAAUGAUUGUCUUUCCAUGUGGUUUAGUUUUUACAAAUACUUUGAUGUGAACUAUUUAAAUAGAAACUAAGUAGACACAAUCAUCACAAACACAUGACAAUAUCUUUUACCAUUUAGCUACAAUAGUCAAUAGAGUAUCUAGCAGUUGUUAAUGAUUUGUAGACUCCCAACACAUGAAAAGUGUCCCUUUAUAACAGACAUCAUAGACCAAGUCUUGUAGCCCCUUUAAGUUCUGGUUCUAAACCUUGUGCAUUGUUGCUAAUAAUCACACACUGUUAAACUCCGUAUGUUGUGUUUUAUGUCUUGACAAAUCAUCUUUUCCCUUUGCAACUUUUCAUGUGACUAAAGAGGCCAAUCCUUGAUAUACAUCACUGUGACAAGAUAGGCAUUGGUAAUCAUCACAUACUGCAGCAUUUUCAAUCUUCAUUCUACUUCUGUAGUGUACAAUCCAAAGCUCCUCUUUUACGCUUGCGCUACAUAUGAAUCUAUCCUGUGCUUCUUACUGUUGAUAUCGAUUCCAGAGAGCUUCAUGUCACUCUUGUAGCUUAUCUCAUAAAGUGGAUAAUGUUCAGCUUUCCUGCCAACUAUUAGAUCACCAUACAAUUUAUCUUGUGGAAGUUGACACUUAAACUAGAAAAUAAUUAAAAUAUAAAUUCAGAAUUUCUUGUCUGAUCAUUAGCUAAUUAAGGGGUAUAAUGUAUUUGUGACAGUACUUAUAUGAUUUUCUAAAUAAACCUUAUUGUUCCUAGAAACUGAAAGAUAUAAUUGGGGUGUAGGGGUUUAAAAUGUAAUUUUUUUGUUGAAAGAUAUACAUUUUUUUUUACAUUUUUGUAUAAAUAUUUGCUGUGGCAGUUUGUUUAUAUUUGCUGUGACAGUUAAUUUGAUGGUACUAAAUUGUAUGAUUGACAAAUGUUCUUUCUUCACUAAUAGUAUUUGAUUUUAAAUCGAUCUUGAUAUUUGGAUAGUUUAACUAUGGGACCUACCCAUGUGACUUAUGUACACUGUUGAGAAAAAAAAUGGUUGUGGUUAUAAAAUGAAACCAAAAUGCCAAGAUACAUUUGAUUCUGAUGGUGUUUGAAAAUGUCACAGAACUUGUAUAUAAAUGCCAAUGCACAACAUUUGUACAAUUUUUUAAUAAGAAGGAAUGUUGUUGUUUUUUUAUCUGUAGUAUGACAUCUGGUGGCUGAGGUAGAGUAAUAAACUGCACUACCUGAAGUGCUGAGUUUCUUAGAGAUUUUAUUUAGCUUAGUGGGUGUCUAAGUCCUCUAAGCCUAAUAUUUGUGGGAAUACAUCGUUCUUUUACCACAUAUCUUCUACAGUUUUGAACUAUUCUUCAACUAUCGUAUAGAAAAUUCUAUUCUUUUAAUUUUAAAAGGUCUAACAAAAAUAUUAUGAAUUAUUCAAAUUAUUAUACACCUUCUUUUAAUAUCCAAUCUAUUUAUUAUGUAAAAAAACAAAAAGAUUGAACAUUUUAAUGUCUUAACAAAUAUACACAUGAUAAAAUUAUAUAUGAAACUUCCCUUUAACUGGGUGUGCACAAAAUCUUUAUGUACAUUCAAUUCUGUGAGUAAACAUAGCCUUAAGUUAGAUUUUAUGAAAAGAUAACUCAUGGCAAACAUGACAGAUUUUGUAAGCCAAGAGUGCGCUUUCUCUUGAGCUCAAUUAGAAUAUGAUCCUGUGUUGACUUCCACCAUUAAAUCUAUGCACACUGCUAGACAUGCUAGUCCGCUAUGUUCAUGUACAGUUGUGUUGACUUGACUUUGACAACCUUGAGUCAAAGUGAAACUAUUUAUAGAUUUUGUGACAGUGUUAUUGAUAGCCAAAUAAACAUACAUUUUUUAAAAUUGGUAUAUAA